AUGCCACUUGACAUAAUUAUGGAAAUAUUGAGCCACGCCACUCCGGAAGCACUCUUGGUACUUUCUCGCUCGACGAAGUUCCUCCGCUCUACCUUGAUGAGUCGCUCCGCCAUCUCAGUAUGGCGUGGCUCCCUGGAUAGCGUUGGCGAUCUUCCGCCAAAGCCCGACAGUAUGACGGAGCCUCAAUACGUCGACCUUAUCUGGGGAACGGGCUGCAGCGUGCGUGAAAGUCAACGAAGCUGUGAAAUGCGCUCACAACUUUCUUAA